AUGCUUGUGUGGGCAGCCACCAAAAGAGUCCCCCGUGACGUUAUACGACACCACAAUUCACUACCAUCAUCUGGACCAGGCUCAUUAUUCUCUUCUCGCCUCUCACCUUCGCCAUUGGGAGGUGAUUUUCAAAGUCGUCGGCCAUCGUCAAAUUCGAGGGCGCUGAAGACUCUCAACGCCAUUGUCCAGGGUCGAUCCCAGAGCAUUCGCGGUUAUUCCACUGCUACACCUCCAUUCGCUGCUCCACAUGCUGAAGCCUAUGCGCCCAGCCGUUCUAUAAACCCUAGAUCUAAUAACCGUUUAUCCCACGAAAUCCAACCACUCGAUACUAACAAAGUAAUCAUCCUUGGCACCCCCGAUGACCCGGCAGACAUAGAGUCUCAGGUAAGAGGCAGAGACAAGAAUGAAUAUAUCGCACUUUUCUCAGUAUGUCUGGAAAGCGGACACAUUGCACGGGCGAGCAAAAUGCUUAUGCACAUGAGCUCACUUUUAGCAAAAGAUGCGCCGAUACUUCUAAACGCGCACAAUCUUUUCCUCAAAGCUCUUCUUGAAAGGUCCAGCAAGUCCGAUGAUCUGAAGGUAUUCUUCAUGUGGUACGACAAAAUGAAGAUGGAAUAUGAAAUAGCGGGGGAUUCGAAUACGUUUGCCUUGAUUCUCAAGGCGAGUUUAAAGUAUGAGCCCGAGGCCGGACAGACUUACAUCAACAAGUAUGUGCAGCAGUGGAAGGCCACGGGCAACUCAAUUGGAGACGUACUGGUUGACCCAGUACUGACUGAUGAAGAAGUCGUCAAGAUUGCAAAGAUUGCUUUCCUCCGUGUCUCCGAACUCCAUGAAAGUCACCGCCACCUAUUCGAGACUGUUCCCCAAAGAGAGUUGCCAGAGAUCAAAUCUGUUCCCUCCAGCGGUCAUGGUCUUGCAGCUGUCCAGCAAUCCAUUCGGUCUCUAGUCGAUCCUAAAUACAUGCCUGAAUCGUUCUCAAUCUCCGGCCAGGAAAAUCUUGCGUUACAAAUCGAGCGCCAGCGUCUUCUGGAAGAAGAUGCAUGGGAGUCCGCCCAAGAUCGUUGGAAAAAGGAUCACGAAACCAUGCGUGCCCGUGGGGUGCUAGCUGUUAACUCAUCGCUCAACUCGCUACUUUGGGAAUGGCACCAAUCUUUUGUCCCGCUUAUUAUUGAAGAGUUGAACAAGGUCCGAAUUGCUGAGCAAGAACCACGGGCCAUGGGCGCGGUGGAUCGGUGUUUAUACGGGCCUUUCCUACGGAUGCUUCCUCCAAAUAAAGUCGCAGCCAUCGUGAUGGUAGAAUUGCUAAAGGUGCAUAACAGCUCUGCUGGGGCGUUGAAGACGAGCAAAGCUGUUAUGCAUGUGGGGAACAUGUUGGAGGCUGAGUAUCUGGCGCAGGAGAUACAAAGGAAAGAAAAUAAGGAGAUCUUCGCUAAUGUGAGAAAUAAAGAGAACAUUGGAGAGAUUUUUCAGAACGAUAAACUAUUAUGGGCCAAAUUAAUCAGAGAGGCUAGGGAAGCAGUUCCUCUAGAUAUGCAGUCUGGUGGUCACUUGCUACCGGAAUGGCCAGUCAAGAUUAAGGCAAAGCUAGGUGCGGUCCUGUUGACCAUGCUGCUUCACUGCGCAAAGGCCCCCGUUAGAAAAAUAAAUAAAGAUGGCGAGAGUGUCGAACUUCCCAUUCCAGCAUUUUAUCACACAUACAAAUAUAUCAAGGGAAAGAAGCUUGGCCUUAUUACCCUCGAUUCAACUCUUCUAAAACGUCUGGGUACUGAAGAUCUUAGGCAAGGAUUCUUGGGCCGAAAUCUUCCUAUGGUCGUCCCUCCGCGGGAGUGGAAAUCCUGGGAAAGAGGAGGUUAUUAUUACACUCAAUCUAAAGCUGUUCGUACAAAGGGCGCUCGCGAGCAAACAGAUUAUGUCAAAACUGCAUCAGAGAGGGGUGAUUUGAACGAGCUAUUUGCGUCGCUUGAUGUCCUAGGAAAAACAGCAUGGAGGAUCAAUAGGAAAGUUUUCGAUGUAGUUAUCAAGGUUUGGAAUUCCGAGGAGGAGUUUGGUGAUAUUCCCCCAGCAGCCAAAGAGCUGGUAUUGCCGCCAGAACCGGCGGCAAAUCUAGAUCCAAAGGUCAGAUACGAGUGGAUACAAUCUGUACGAGCGAUGCAAGUCGAGGCGAUGAACAAUCAUUCAAAGAGAUGUAGUGUGAACUUCAAAGUCGAGAUCGCGAGAGCUUUCUUAUAUGACAAAUUCUACUUUCCUCAUAACGUUGAUUUUCGAGGCCGUGCUUAUCCGAUUCCGCCAAAUUUGAACCACAUUGGAGACGAUCUUUCUAGGGGGCUCCUGCAGUUUGAUACAGGGAAACCAUUGGGUGAAAACGGACUCAAGUGGUUGAAGAUUCAUCUUGCGAAUCUUUGCGGUUUCGACAAAGCCAGUUUCGAGGAGCGAGCAGCGUAUGCCGAUGAGCACAGGGAAGAUAUCAUAGACUCGGCCACCGACCCUCUGGGGGGGAAAAGAUGGUGGCUCAAGGUCGAAGAUCCUUGGCAGUGUCUUGCGACGUGCUUCACAUUGAAAGAGAUUUAUGAAUGUGAGGAUCCCAGUCAAUACAUUUGCAAUAUUCCCGUCGCCCAAGACGGUACCUGCAAUGGUCUACAGCAUUAUGCCGCGUUGGGAGGAGACAUGAUGGGAGCAGCUCAAGUGAAUCUCAUACCCGCGGAAAGGCCUUCCGAUGUCUACACUGGUGUGUCCGAGCUAGUUACAGCAGCCGUCAAGCGUGAUGCUGAAAAUGGCGACGAAAUGGCCAAAAUUCUGCAGGACAAGAUUUCCAGAAAGGUUGUCAAGCAGACAGUCAUGACAAACGUCUACGGUGUUACAUUCAUCGGAGCAAAGGAUCAGAUUAUGGGCCAGCUCAAAGAUUUACCCUCGUUGGCUGAGUACAAACAAGGGAACCCAAAGUUUUCAUUUCCUCAAAUGGCUCUUUAUCUCACGAAUAAGGUUUUUGACUCUAUUUCCACCAUGUUUUACGGGGCAAGUCGAAUCCAGGAAUGGUUAGGGUCUUCUGCAAAACGAAUUUCAUUGUCAGUUUCCCCUAGCCAAAUAGACCAGAGUAUUUCGAAUGAGGAUACUCCCACGCCGGAGAAACCAAAAAAGAAGUCGAAAAAGGGUAAGGAUGAGGGUGGCGAUGUAGAGUUACCCCCAAGCCGAAAGAAGAAGGAUAUACACUUCAUGACGAGUGUGGUCUGGACAACUCCCCUGAGACUUCCAGUCGUGCAGCCAUAUAGACAUGACAAAGUACAGCUUGUCAUUACCAACCUUCAGAACGUUUACAUCACCGAUCCCUCUGUCAUUGACGAGAUCAACUCAAGGAAACAGAUGAUGGCGUUCCCGCCGAACUUCAUUCACUCUCUUGACGCGACCCAUAUGCUCAUGAGUGCAAAGAGAUGUCACGACGAGAACCUUACAUUCGCGAGUGUUCACGACUCCUUCUGGACUCAUCCGUCAGAUGUUGAUACGCUAAAUCGAAUCUUGCGAGAAGCUUUCAUUGAUCUGCACUCAAGUGAGGUCAUGAACAAUCUCAAGGCCGAAUUUGAGGUUCGUUACAAAGGUCACAUGUAUCUCGCCUCACUCGACGCUGCGCAUCCUAUCUCGGCUGCUGUCAAGGUGCUCCGGGACACCUACAGCAGAGACGUUCUUAAGAAGAGAGUCAGCAGCAGAGGAGUAGCGACUCUUACUUUGAUAGAGGAUCUCCACUGGGAGAGACAGAGAGCCCUUCUCCUCGAAAGUGAGAACGAAGAGGAGAGGAAGAUGGGAGAGGAAAUGAUCACACCUAGUGUUCUAGUAGAGAGAAUGGGCGGGCUCGGAAGCCUUGGGGAGGAGACGCCUGAAGAGACCGAAUCGGAGCACCCAGAAGGGGAAGACCAUGAUCUUGAGCUUCAUACACUCAACCCUGUGUUGGCCGACAGUGAAACGGCUGUUGAUGAAACUAUGAGUCCCAACUUGGCGGGUGACGAAGAACUUGAGCAAGGAAAGACAAAGACAGAGAGCGCGUCGAAACAAAAGCCUCAAGUGACUCGUAUCUGGAUGCCUCUGAAGUUUCCAGACCUACCACCAAAGGGCGAAUUCAAAGUCGAGGAUCUCAAGAGUAGUAAAUAUUUCUUCUCGUAA